ACGGCGCGUGGGUGCAGGGAGGAGACAGGUGGCCGGGAGGCUGCGACGGAGAGAGCCCCCGGGAGGGAGCCGCUGCUGCCCACGGGCGGGAACCAGGCGGAGAGGGACGCGGCGCGGGGCAGUGAAGCCAUGGCCCAGCCCCCGCCGGGGGGCGCCCCCCAGCCCCCGUACCUCCACAGCAUGCCCGCCAGCGUGCUGGAGGAUUUCUGCCAGAAGAUGGACUGCCUGAGCGACUACGACUGGAUGCGCUUCGCCUCCUAUGUGAUAACUGAUCAGACAGAGCUGCGCAAAAUCAAGUGCAUGGAGAAGACAGGAAUCAGCAUAACGAGAGAGCUCAUGUGGUGGUGGGGAGUGAGGCUUGCAACAGUUCAACAGCUACUGGAACUUCUCCAGGGACUGCAACUCUACCGAGCAGCACAAGUAAUUCUGGACUGGGUAUCAGUCUCUAAUAUUUCUAAUUCUGCAAAAGUGCCAUUAGAGUCCCCUAAACAGGAGAGCACACCCUGGUACCCUGCUGAAAAUGAGAUUGGACCGUCACCAGAUUUACCAUACAUAUGUGUGUCAACAGCACCUAAUUCAGUGUCUGGAGGAAUCUUAUACUCACUCCCUUAUCCACAACCUCCCCCAGAGGAUCUUAUGAAUUCCCUACAGUCAAAUCCUCCUCUUUCAUUGAGUGUGAAGCCCUGUGGUUCUUCUAGACCUCGGCAGGAAAUGCUUGCUGAUCUCCCUAGUGGGAGCCUUUUGUGGACCCAGGAGGAAGUGAUAAAUGCUACCAAUGGCUUCAGUGAGGAGAACAGAAUUAAUGAAGGCAUUUUUGCUGAGGUCUACAAAGGUCAGAGACACAAUGUAGUAUACGUCAUUAAAAGGCUCAAAGAGAUGGAAUGUACAAGCCAGAAUUCAAUACAAAGAUUCUUUCAUACAGAAGUACAGAUGUGCUUUAGGUGUUGUCACAUUAACAUUUUACAACUAGUGGGUUUCUCACUAGAAAAUGGAUAUCACUGUCUGAUAUACCCCUUCAUGGAUAAUGGAUCUCUUGAAGACAGACUCCAGUCUCAAGUUGAUCCUACACCAUUAACAUGGGAGAAACGCAUCAUGAUUUCUAUAGGACUUAUCCGAGCCAUUCAGUAUCUCCAUAACUUUGGGAUUCUGCAUGGGAAUGUCAAGAGCUCCAAUGUUCUGCUGGAUGAAAACUUCACACCAAAACUUGGACAUUCAGGUCUCCGACUGUAUUCCAUGGAAAAAAAAUCAGAUUAUGCUGUGAUGAAAACCAAAAUUUUACAAGCUUCCCUCACUUACCUGCCAGAAGAUUUGGUCAGGCAUGGACACCUAACACAAAAAAUUGACAUCUUUGGUUGUGGAAUAGUUUUAGCAGAGAUGCUGACAGGCACUAAGGCAAUGGAUGAAGGAAGAACCCCUAUCUAUCUGAAAGAUGUAAUUACUGAUGAAAUUCAAACAGCAAAAGAAUGUUCAUGCUCCAAGCACAAAACCUUUGAAAAUCUUGCUGCCAAGGAAAUAUGCUGUAAAUAUCUAGACAGGAAAGUGGGACACUUUCCAGCAGAAAUUGCUGUUCACUUUGCCACUGCCAUCUGCAUUUGUCUGCGGAAAAAGAAUCCUGACAUAACAGAGGUGCACGAAAUGAUGGAAAUGGCUGAGCGUAAAAUAAGAGAUCACAGCAUUCUUGAAGGUAGCACUUUUUCUGGAUUCUCCAUUAACAUUCCAGAAGAAACAGAUGACGAGACUGCUAGUCAUAAUAGCAAUGAGGACAGUUCAAAGGCAAGGUCCCUGAAGUGUUCAAAUUCAUCCCCACCUUUACUAAGAGACUUGCCACCUGAAACUUACAAUGGACAAAUGUCACGGGUCCCUUGUGAAUCGGAUGAAUCAAGUAGCUUCGUAUGGGAUCCUGUGGAGAGUUCUGCAUAUGGUCCACCUAGCAGUGGCUGCACCAGUCCAAAAAAUGCUACAUCCUCUCAUUCCAGGAGCAAUGAUGAAAUAUGUUCAAGUGGCUUCCAGAAAAGAAAUAUGGCAUCCAAUGAAAAUAAAAACACUUUGGAAAUGGUACCUCCUGCAGAAAGAAUGGUUCCUUCAAACAAUGCAAACCUGGACCUGUCAUGUUCUUCAAAAGGAUUAGCCAAAGAAACCUCUUGGGAAAUAAAGAUCAAUGAUAAAAAAAAGAAGCUUAUGGAAAAUAUUUUACUAUAUGAAGAAGAUAAGUUAAACAGCUCUGAACUCUUUGAGUCUCAAAUAUGACUGAAUUAUCAGCAAUGGCAUCUUGGAAGAAGAAAUUGGGAAUCUUUUUCUGGUAGCAAGAUGGUAAAAGCUAAGCCACAUGCUUCAUGUAAGGUUAAGUAGGAUGUUUUUAACUGACAGGUUAAACCUCUUUGGAGGGGAAAAAAAAAGUCACAUCUCAGAUGAUUCCAAGAGAAUGUUCACUACAGUGUUAAGCAGAAUGCAACUUUUAUGAUCUGAAAAAUCAGCAUUGUCCUCUUUCUCCUUGCCUUACUGUGCUGAAAAAAAAAAUUGGCAAAUUGACCGUUAGCUUAAGACCACCUGUUUUGCACUGGACUUCAUAAAGCUUUUUUGUACAGUGUAUUUAUUUUAUGAAAAAUUAGAAUCCUGCACACUAUGCUGCAGGAUAUAUACACACAGUCUCACAUACUAGUUGGCUGUACUUGCUAAUAUCCAUUGCAUUUAGCAUAGGUAGGGUGAACAAUUGGAACUACUUUCCAUUGUUUCAAAACAAAGUAGCUAGUUUUAGGAAAGUAAACGACUAGUCCACUAUUCGAUAUGCUAGUUGACUAGUUGCCUCCCCUCCUCCCCCUUUGCUGCCUCUAUCAGAAAGAGGCAACAAGUUGGGGGGUAGAAGAGGGGUGCUUCAAAGUGGCAGUGCGGUGUGGGUACCAGGGCCAGACCCCGGGUUCCAUGUGGUGCUGCUGCUCUGAAAUGCUGCGUGCUGCCUGGGGCUAGCUGGGAUUCCCCAGCUGGCUCUGGGAUGCACGCGGCAUUUCAAAGCAGCAGUGUCAUGUGGAGCCCGGGGUCAACUGGGGACUCCCCCACUGAUCCCAGGCUCCAUGUGGCACUGCUGCUUUGGAGCCUGACACCGGGCACCCUGCGGCAUUUCAAAGUACUAAUGCUGCUUGGAGCCCGGGGUCAGCUGGUAACUCAAGUGACCCAAGGCUCCAUGAGGCACUGCCACUUUGAAAUGCUGUCAGGUGCAUGGAGCCAACGGAGGACUGCUUGAGUCCCCCCACUGACCUCAUGCUUCCCACAG